UAAAUGUUUUGUCUUUGUUUUUGAGUCGAGAACAUUUUCUUUAUUAGGCGCUUAAUAUCCGGGCUUAUUUUACAGUUGCACCAAAUAAACUUAAACGCUCCUUCCCCUCAAUCAGACGUGAGGUAAAUAUGGAGGAAGAAACACAAUCUGGAGUGGAAACAAAGGACAAUUUGGACACUGAAGAUGGGGACAAUCGCGCAGAGAAAGAAGCAGCUAAAUCUGAGACAGAGAAAGGGGAAACCUUUAAAAAACCGGCUAUAUUUGCGGCGCCUUCGCUAGCUAACAAACGCAUAAACAUCGUAGCAGAAAAUAAGGUGGACAAUGUGUGUGAGACUGCUUCUGAUGCUGUUGCUGGGGAAAAAGAGCGACAUGAUGACACAGAUCUCGGCAAAAUUAAGAAACAAGAAGUUAAAGCGAAGGGUGCUCCUUUCAAAGGUGGGAACUUCCCCCCUUUGCCGUACACAGAGCCCCCCUGGGGGGGUCCUUCACCAGAAUCUCCAUACGCUCUGGAGAUUCUCAAAAACGGCACCAUAGUGGACACUGUGCCUCUGACACAGCGAAGCUAUUUCGUGGUCGGGCGGCUGCCUGUGUGCGAUGUCUCCCUGGAGCACCCGUCCAUCUCCAGGUACCAUGCGGUGAUCCAGUACCGAGGCCAGGCCGGGGAGGAGGGCUGCGUCGGCGAGGAGAGCGGCUUCUACAUCCACGACCUGGGCAGCACCCACGGCACGGUGGUCAACAAGAACAAGGUUCCCCCGAAGACCUACAUCAGACUGAGGGUGGGACAUGUGUUAAAGUUUGGAGGGAGCACUAGGCUAUUUAUCCUGCAGGGUCCGGAGUCUGACGAGGAAGAGGAGUCUAAGCUGACAGUGACAGAGCUGAGGGAGCGAGCCUGCAAACAGAGAGCAGAGCUGGAGAAGAGGAUGAUGGGAGAUCUUUCUGAUGGAGAGGAGGAUGAGGAAGAAGGGGAAGGCAAAAAGAGCCAGAGCGAAGGAUCAAAUGAAGACUCUGGAUGCACCUGGGGAAUGGAAGAAGAUGCAGCUCCAGAGGAAGACGAGAACGAGGAAAACCCCUUUUCAACAGAGUUCCACGAAGACCAGGAGGCGGCUUACCUGAAAGACCCGAAGAAGGCUCUGCAGGGAUUCUACGACAGAGAGGGCGAGGAGCUGGAGUUUGAGUAUGAAGACAAAAAUCAUGGCACGUGGCUCUGCAGGAUCAAGCUGCCAGUGGAUGAUGCCGUGGGCCGACAGCUGGUUGCAGAAGUGACCCACACGGGGAAGAAGAAGGAGGCUGCCAUUCAGUGCUGUCUGGAGGCCUGUCGGAUUCUAGAGGCCCGAGGGCUGCUGAGGCAGGAAGCAAUUUCACGCAAACGGAAGAAGAAAAACUGGGAGGAUGAGGACUACUACGACAGCGACGACGACACUUUCCUGGAUCGGACCGGCACCGUGGAGAGGAAGAGGCAGGAGCGAAUGAAGAAGGCUGGGAAGAUCGAGGAGCGGGCUGAGACCUAUGAAUCUUUGGUGGCCAAGCUGUCCUCGGUGGAGAAGGAGCUGGGAGACGCUCAGAAAAAGCUAAGUGGCGCUAAACAAGACUCUUCAGCUUCCUGCAGCGAGGACUCACUGGACGCCUUCAUGACAGCAGUGAGGAACGAGGCUGCGAUGGACGUCGUGGAGCGCAGGAAGCUUCACGUACUCGUGGCCGACCUGCGCAAAGAGGCGCAGAGACUUCGUAAACUGGUGGACCUGACACGGCCAGCGCAGAUGCCCUCGCUCCUCCCCGGUGGGAGCUCUGAGCCGGAGAGACCCAAAAAGAGCUUGCCAUUGUUUGGAGCCAUGAAGGGAGGAAGCAAAUUCAAACUGAAAACUGGAACCAUCGGGAAGCUGCCUCCCAAGCGGCCUAACCUGCCUGCUGAGCUCUUCAACAUGAAAGAGCUUCUGCCCGCGGGGGAGGAGGAGGAGGAAGAGGCAGAAGAGGAGAAAGAAACAGAGGAGGUAGAGAUGGGUAGACAUGGAGAUGAAAGCAGCGCCGCCCAGUCUAAAUCUGACUGUGAAGAAUCCAGCCCUCCUCUGGGUCAUCUAAAAGAGUCUGAGGGGUUAAAAGAUUUAAAGGCAGGGAGCAACAGAGAGCCAGCAGCAGAGUCCAGUUCCAGGAAGAAGAAGAGAGUGAUGGGCCCCAGCAGGCCUCCGGUGCAGCUUUCGGGACAGUAUCCACAAGAUGACCCUGAUUAUUCUGUGUGGCUGCCGCCUGCAGGUCAGACUGGAGACGGUCGCACCCACCUCAACGAGAAGUACGGCUACUGAGGAGUACCAACAUGGAUGAGCCUUUAGUUCUCAUCAGUUCUAGAACUUUGAUUGCCGUCUCAGACUGUGACAAACUGGAAACGGCUCAUAUUCAGCCUCUGAGCAGUGGCAGCGUGCGAUUGAAUUUUCUCCUUUUUACUUGGACCUGAGCAGAAAAUGGGAGGAGGCAAAGCAGUACCUGAAUCCAGCUUUCUGUUUUUUAGUUGCUCUUCCUGCAGAUAAACCAACCUGACACCCAGUCUGCACCCCACUCCUGUUUGGCUUCACUCGAUCGUUGGCGUAACCUUUUACAGUUUUUCCUUCAAAGGGAGGGACAGCAUUGAAGCAGCUUUUCUGACCAUCUGGACACUUGGAUGGCGUACUGGAUGAAACGUAAGCUGAUAAUGACUCAAGCUAAGUGGAGUGUGUGUGUAUCCGUGAGCACACACACACACACAGUCCAUCCCUCUCAAAGUUCUCUUUAACAAGAUUGUCUCAGAGAGCUUGGUGAUUCCUUUCUCUGUGAAAUCCCACUCAGUGUUGUUUUCUUCUACUUCAGCCACACGUCCCACCCUCUCUGCGACUGGCUUUUAACACAACGAUAAUAAAUGGAAACUUUAUUUUGUAAAAUAGUACAUAAGUACUAAGAGGUUGUUUUUUUUCUUUCUGUCAUUAUUUAAUGACUAGUACUAUAAGCUGUAGUACAAGAAGGUCAGUCAGACAUUUUUUGUGCACAGUUGCGUUUUUUGUUUCCCAAUUGUAGAAAAUUUGAACACAAAUUGGACGUUUAUUUUAGUUGGUUGCAGUUGGUAAAGGGAUAGUUCCUAUUAAAGUGGGCUUGUUUCUG